AUGCUGUCGUGAACCGUUUUCAUGUUCAGUGGAUGCCUGAAUACUGCAGCCACAACCAAACCGGAGCGCCGCAGAAAUCAGUGACUCAGGUCAGUGUGUUAGUGUUCAUGAGGAGUUUCUGCUCUCCAGAAACGCAGAAUGCUGUCGUGAACCGUUUUCAUGUUCAGUGGAUGCCUGAAUACUGCAGCCACAACCAAACCGGAGCGCCGCAGAAAUCAGUGACUCAGGAGAACUUCAUCAAUCUGCCCGGUCUGCUGUUCUCCUGUAAGUACAGGGUCACCGUUCACACGCUCAACGCCAAACGACGCUCCAAAGAUGAGAGCACCAGCUUCCUGACGCCGUCCUGCGCGACUCUCAGGAGCAAGAGCGUCAAACCCAUCGCCUGUCCCGGAGACACCGCGCCGUCGAAGGUUUUGGCUAAGCCUGAGAAUCUGACAGCGACCUUCAGCUUCCACGACGGUAACGUGACAGCUGGUUUCCUCUGGAGGGUGUCGCGAGCGCAGCCGCUUCAGCCCGUCACGGGGUUCCAGGUCACAUGGGCGGAGGUUUCCAGCACGAGUCGUCCGAACAGCCUUCCCAACAGCAUCAUUUCCCAGUCUCAGAUCCUGCCACCUGAUCGUAAUCGUCUGGUCGUGUCCAGCCUCAGGCCGGCCACCUUCUACAGGUUGAAGGUUCAGGUCAUCACCGCGGCGGGAGAAGGACCUGCGACAAAGAAGAUCUUCCAGACGCCCGACCGGCCGCCGCUUCAGCAAACUCUCAUCACCGCUGCUGCUGCGUGA